GCUCGGUCGCCCUCUGCUAUCGAGCCCCGAUCCCGACUCCCCUCGCGCGCCAGAUUCCCACACACCAAGCUGCGUCACGGUCGCCCCUCCUCCGUCCGAACACCACAAACGACGACCCCCCGGGAUGGCUUCCUCCGCCAAUGCGCUCCGGCUCGGUCUCCGGACAUGCAGUCGCCAAACACAAACAUCCAAUCUCCGCAUCGCCGCCAUCCAGCGCCGGGCCCUCUCCGCCACUGCGACACGAUGUGAAGGCGUCCCCGUACCAAAGAGGGAAGAUGACGCCAAGCUCGAAUUCACCCGCCCCUACAACCCCGGCGAAUUUCUGUCCGAAAAGCUGAGGUCGGACGACCUUCAGGACUGGGAGCGCGAGCGCUACGAGCGCGCCCUCACCUCGUGGGAACAGACGCCCGACGAUCUCAAGAGGGGGUGGUCGAGCAUGAUCAGAGACAUUGAGCAGGCGGCGGCGCCGCUAAGAAGGGUGGUCAUGCCCAGGAGAUCCACUUUCUGGUACGAGGAGGAGAAGGACACGGAUCUCAUCACCAACGAGGACGGCGAAGACGACUUCCACGAGAACGACAUUAUGAGUUUGGGUCACGGCAAGCUGGAGGAGCACCGAGAGUUCCGCGAGUAUGCGCGCAUCGCCGUCUGGGAGAUGCCGCUGCUGUCCAAGUACGCCAAGCCGUUCGUGCCGCCGACGAGCGAGGAGGUCUUGCGCUUCCGCUACACCACAUACAUGGGCGAAUUCCACCCCGCCGACAGGAAGGUCGUGGUUGAGUUCUGCCCCAAGGAUCUCCGAGACCUUAGCGAGGUCCAGCAGCGCAAGCUUAUGAAGCUGGCCGGACCCCGUUACAACCCCGAAAAGGAUAUUAUCAAGAUGAGCUGCGAGAAGUUUGAGCACCAGGCCCAGAACAAGCGCUAUCUUGGCGAUUUGAUUGAGAAGAUGAUUGUUGCUGCCAAG